AUGUCUUGGUUUCAGUGGGCACUUGAGCUUCUAUUCAGGAAAAAGCCAACGUAUCAGGAGAUGCUCAAUGGCAUCGUCCCCAUCCCUGGCCCUCCACGACCCAUCAUUCAGCUUUAUACUGGAUCAACAAGAGAGAUCAUCGUCGGCUCUCAAGAGCUCGCCAAUGAGCUCAGCGAUGAAAAGCGCUUCUGCAAAGUUGUAUACGGAGCUCUACACCACCUUCGAGAUGCUGGCGGCGACGGGCUUUUCACAGCUCAACACGGGAAUCACGAGUGGGGGGUCGCACAUCGAAUCCUCCUCCCAAACUUCAGCCCCCUCAAAAUUCAUGACAUGUUUGAUGGUAUGAAGGACAUCAUUGAACAAAUGUGUCUGAAAUGGUUUGUCACUGGGGCAAGACACGGUCCAGAAGCCUCAAUAGAUGCGGUUGAUGACUUCACCCGUCUCACCGUAGACACGAUCACGCUCUGCGCCAUGGACUACAGACUGAAUAGCUUCUAUCUGAAUGAUGACAUGCAUGCUUACGUCAAAAGUCUUUCCAGAGUUCUCGUCGAGUCAGACAAGAAAGCACAAUUCCCGGAUGCAAUCAAUGCGAUGCGCUUCAAAGCCGACGCACAGUACAGGGCCGACAUCCAGACGAUGGCUGACAUAUGCAAGGAAAUCAUUCGUAAGCGCCGCUCCGCAGGUCCAGACCCCGACUCCAAGCUUCUACUUGAUUUGAUGAUUCACGGCGUGGACCCAAAAACUGGCGACAAGCUUAGCGACGACGCAAUCAUGUGGAACUUGCACACGUUCUUAAUCGCAGGGCAUGACACGACAUCUGGUCUGCUAUCGUUCGCUUUCUACUUCUUGCUGGCAAACCCUGACAAGAUGGCCAAGGCGCGGAUGGAAGUCGACUCCAUCCUCAAAGCUGACGAACCCAUGACCUUGAAACACCUCCAGAAGCUUCCUUACCUGGAUGCUGUUCUGAAGGAGACGAUACGGCUGCAUGCCCCUGCACCUGGAUUUCAUGUACGUCCCUUGAAGGAUGGCGAGGUUCUAGGUGGCAAGUAUGUCGUCAACAAGGAGGAUCCGAUCGUUAUUGUGUUGCAUCAGCUACAUCGCGAUCCCGCCGUAUGGGGUGAUGAUGCAGAGGAGUUCAAGCCUGAACGAAUGCAUCGUGAUGGAUUCAACAAGUUGCCGCCAAACUCGUGGAAACCAUUCGGAAACGGAGCUAGGGCUUGUAUUGGGAGAGCCUUUGCCUGGCAGGAGGCUUUGAUGUCCAACUCCUCCCAGGCCAUGGCCAUGCUCCUACAGCACUUCGACUUCGAGAUGGAUGAUCCGAACUACAAGCUCAAGGUUCUUCAAACGCUUACCAUCAAGCCUGAAGGCUUCAGAAUGAAGGCGCGGCUGCGUCACGAGAAAAAGCCAGGGGAUCUUUUCAAGCAUGAAAGCCAAGCCACUCAACGGAAGACCAAUUCCAAUGCCCAGAGACCACAGCCUAGGACCGAGCCUGCGCAUCCAAUGACGAUCUUGUAUGGUUCCAAUACUGGCACCGGCGAGACACUCGCCCGAUGGUUGGCCGAUGAUGCGGUAGCGGCUGGAUUCGAGGCCGUGACGGUGACAGAAAUGAACAACGCAGUGGGAAAGCUGCCAAAGGAUCAGCCAGUCGUUAUCAUCGCCGCCUCUUACAAUGGAUACCCUUCUGACAACGCUGACGACUUUGUGAAAUGGCUUAGCGGCCUUGCGACCGGAGACCUUCAGGGAGUGAGCUAUAGCGUCUUUGGUUUAGGACAUAGUGACUGGGUAGCUACGCACAACAAGGUUCCCAUUCUUGUCAAUAACAUGAUGAAGAAGGCCGGAGCAGUACGGCUCACUGAAGCCACCUUCUCCGAUAUGGCAACGGCAGAUCUCUUUGCAGAUGCUGAGAGAUGGUCAAUGGAAAACCUUUGGCCAGCACUCGCCGAGAAGUAUAACGUUCAGCCAGUGGAGACCGUGGGGGCAGACAUGACUGUCAAAAUCGAGCCUGGUACUCCAGGGAGACUCGCCACUCGGCGAGGGUUCUUUCGAACCGCAGUCACUCAGACGCAACAACUCUCACAUCCCGAUGUCCCGCAGAAGCAUCAUCUGACCCUCAGACUGCCGGAUGACAUUCGAUUUCAGACUGGUGAUCGUCUCCAGAUACUUCCCAGGAAUGGCCAGAGGAUGGUGACCCGUGCCCUGUCACGGUUUCAGCUUGAUCAUGACGCGGUUCUGAUCAUCAGCAGUACCAGACCCCUCGGGUUACCAGUCGACACGCCAGUCUCAGCAGGAGAGCUGCUGAGUACUUACGUUGAGCUUGGGCAAUCAGCCAGCCAGCGAAACAUCAAAGCUUUGGCUGAUGCGACUGAGGCGAGUGAUUCUGGGAGUCGAAGUGAUGUGGUAGAUGAGUCCACAAAGACUCUUCUCCUCAGCCUGGCUGAGGACCUUUAUGAAGCGGAAAUCCGAGCCAAACAUGUUUCAGUCCUGGAUCUCCUCGAAAGAUUUCCUUCGGUGAACCUAACUUUUGCCAGGUUCCUCUCCAUGCUCCCACAGAUGCGCCCCAGAACCUACUCGAUCUCGUCUUCGCCAGUGAAGGACCCUCAUCACACCGACCUCACGAUCAGCAUCGCAGAUUGCGGUGUUGCAACCAACUUCCUGACAGCGGUCUCGGUCGGACAACUUCUUUAUGCUUCGUUGUUCCCGGCACCCCGUGAGUUUCGGUUACCGGCGUCUCCCUCAACAACGCCCAUCAUCAUGAUUGCGGCGGGAGCUGGUCUGGCGCCUUUCCGUGGGUUUGUGCAGGAGCGAGCGCAGGCUGAGGGACUGCUGGCUCCGGCUUUGUUGUUCUAUGGUUGCCGCGGCGCUGACUUGGAUGACAUGUAUCGGGCCGAGUUCAAUCAAUAUGACAGCCUCGGUGUUGUCAAGGUUCACCGCGCUUUCAGUCGUGAUCCGGGUGCCGAAUUCAAGUACGUUACGGAUUGCAUACAGGCGACGCGGAAUGAAUUGAUGAAGAGAUGGGACGAAGGUGCUGUGGUCUAUGUUUGCGGGGGGAAGAAGAUGUCAGACGGCGUGUUUGAUGUCUUGGGUCCGAUGCUGUACGAAGCUGAUACGAAAAGCGGCAAGAGCACGGCACAAGACACAGAUACAUGGGAGCAGGAGUUGCCCAGGGAAAGAUAUGUCAGAGAGAUCUUCAAUUAG